CGGGGCUGGUGGGUCACGGCAUCGCUUUGUAAUCUGGGGAGGGGGAGCUGCCUGUGGGCAACCUGCUGUUCUAGGCGCAGUGCUUCCACCUUCCGAGCUCUCCUUCCUAGGGCUCUUCGUAGUAACUGAUUUAAAAAGAAAAAAGUGUGGGGUCUGCGCUAUGGGCAGACAUCUGGCACUGCUGGGAGUGAGGAGGAGGCUCUGCGUUUUCCCAUCCCCAUAUGGCAUAGUUGAUGACUGCACAUUUUGGGGUGGGAGUAUGAAUUCCUCACCUGAUUGGUUAUGUUCCCCACUCCACUCCAAUAAUUACUGCUCUGUUCAUCCAAGACAUUAGCUAUAAUGACCAGCAGUGAAAAAGUUAAGUGUUGAUGUUCUAAAUGGUUGUAAUUAGGAGACAGCAGGUGGCUGAGGUAAUAUUGUUUGUUGGACCAACUUCUGCUGGUGAAUGAGACAAGCUUUUAAGCUGGUUUUCCAGACCUGGAAAAAGACCUCUGUCUAAACCUUGAAGUUUGUCUGUUUCACCAACAGAAAUUGGUCCAGUAAAAGAUAUUACCUCACUCAGGUUGAUCCCCAGAUAUGAAACAAGAUAUCUACAACAACACUGCUGAUGAUCAAGAUAACAGAUGGUUUACACCUUACAGUUGUUGGAGACUGCACAGGCAGCCAGGAUGAACUGUGAUCUACAUUAGAAAUAUUUAUUCCCACACAGAGGCUGGAAAUUUAACAGCUUUUUAAAGACAAGCCUAUAAGCUGAAACACAAUUCUCUAGCCAAUUAUAAAGUUCAGAGAGCCAGAGUAUAGUUAUCUAUAUCCUGCGGUGUGUGGAUCUGCCAUGGCUCCUUGACAGGAGCCAGAGCCUUUCAGUGAAACUUGAGCAUGCUCAUGCCCCAUAUUUCAUGCAUCAUAGCUGAAUCCACCAUUGUUUUCUGUAUGUGAAGAUAGCAGUAAGGAGAAAAACUUUUCAUGCAAUAGUAUUUAAUAUGAUCAUGCUCCAAUGAAGGACAAAACAAAGAUGAUGAUUUAAUAGGACUUUCCUUUAGUCAUGAUUGUGAGAAACACCUGCUUCCUUGGCUAAUUGUAUCCUAUGAGAGUCAUGAUAUACUGUAGAUACAUGUCAGCUGUAACCAAAAAAUAUCACUUGUGACAUAAAAUGCAGUCUGAGAAUGUAGAAGAUAGUUUUGUUUUCAAAUCACAUUAUUUCAACAUCAGUGGUUAUCAAAUGAGCGAUGGGUUUCUGUAUAUAGUACGUUAGCUGAAGUACUACAAUAUGAAAACAAAUGCAGCCUUUAUAAUUCCAUUUUAGGGAUUUCAUGGAGUCUUUGACUAGGCAUUGACUUUCAUGAUUUAUAGUGUUCCUCAAAACUUGUUGACCUCAAGUCAACUGACCUCCAUGCUUCCUACCCCAAUCCUUUCCCUACGGUGUCUCUUCUCCCUUACUUUCUGUUUAGGUAAAUUCUUAUUUAAGUCAAACCAAAACAGUCAUGGCAUUAACAUGAUGUUUGACAGCCAUCACGUUAUUCACGCUGCUUGUAUGCUAUAUCCCUUUUCUCUCAACCUUUUGUCUGUCUUGUCUAUUUAUGUUGCAAGUUCUUCAGGGCAGGGACUGUCUCUUAUUCUGUACCCCGCUCUUGUUUGGUUUCCAGAGACAAUUGGAGUACAUUAUUCCUUAUAUAUCCCUACUGUUGUACAGCUGUCUCUUAUUCCCCCUCUUUAAGCUUUGUGCCCUCUGGCGUGGUGUCUUACUAUGACUGAAAAAAUAUCUCUUUUGUCCUCUGGCAUCUUUUUGCUUUUUCAAAUUCACUUUUUAAAACUCAUCUCUUAAAGCAACCAUCUCCCAUUUUGUAAUGGCUACCACUCUCUCCCUUUUUCCUGGCUUGAUAUCCUCUGUUGGUUUAAUCUGUUUUAGAUUGAGGUCUUGAGCAAGUGACGUGUCUUAUCAAUGUUUGGUAAAGUGCCUUGUAAAUUAAUGGUGCUGUGUAACUAUGAUAUAUGGUCAGGGAAAACACAAGCACUAUCAUGUUGCAAAGGUACAAUUUCAUAGUGCUUGUCCUAGAGGAGUUCUAAAUUUAUUUCACACUGACAGCCUUACUGUAUCGUAUAAAUUGGUGCACAAGAGAUCCAUUCAUUUAACGUUUCAGACAGUAAUUCAGUUUGGUCCUGAGUACAUUAGUAAAUGUAUUGAAAUAAUUUUAUGUAUUGGUUUUAGGUAGAGAUCAAACUCAGUUGUAUAAAAUAUUCACAGGGUGAUUUCCGAAGAAAUGUUAUGAGGUUUCAGAUCAUAAAUUUCUAUCUCAAGUAGAUUUCAAAGUAUAUUCUGCAAAUGAAGGAGAAAUUUAUAGCCUGAAGUAUCAGAUUUAUUCUUAAUAUUUAAAGUGCAGGCUUUGUGAACUGAUAUCGGUCCCUGCAUCAGCCUGAUUGAGAUUUGGCUGAGGAACACUGUAAGGUUUAAAACCUGCAGGUCAGCUGUCACAAGUGCGGUGGAAACAUAUUCUCAAAAAUACAGGGAUGUCUGUGUAAAAAACGUGGUGCUACCACAAUUUUUAUAGUUCAUUGUGUAUAAUGGCUUACCUUCCAAUUCCAUUUUUAGAUUCUGCCUCAGAGGAAAUAUGGUCUAGUUAUGGUAGUCAGGAGACUUGGGUUAUAUUCUUCAAUCUGUCACUAGCUUGCUACAUAACCUUGGAAAGUCACUUUAUUUAUCUAUAACUUAGUUUCCACACAUAUAAAAUGGGACUAUUCCCUACCUUUGGAAAGUACUUCGAGAUCUUCAGCUAAAAGAUCAAAAUGUGUCUUCAGAUAGCCUGCCUUCCUCUUUGCCUUCAUCAGCUCCAGCGAGCACUUGAAUCCUGCCCUCACUAAUGUCUGUGAACACCAGAAGAAUCUACAUAAUAAGAGCAGUUAAGUUAGCUUGUUUUUAAUACAACUCUUUGGUAAUGCUUUUAAUGUUUGGCCAUUUAAAAAUAUUUUGGUGCCAAUCCUGCAAAAACUUGCACAGUUAUCAGCAAGUACUUAUAAUAAACUUAAGUUUGAAGCCUUCAUCCUGCAGACACAUAUAUGCAGGCAGAUCUUGAUGCUGGUGUGUAAUCCUACUGACUUCUUUGGGACUCUAUAUUGGUUCAAGGGUCUGCUCACCUGGAUCCAUUUACAGAAUUGGGGCCUUAUUUUCUUUAGUUAAAAUCCAAUGUGAAUGUACUGUUUUCCUUUUUUGAGUUUUGUUUGUCCACCAACCAAUUGGUUUAAAACUUGGUACAGUGAAUGGCUAUAAAAGGAAAGUAGAUCAGUUGUUGGGAUGUCUGUAGCAGUAAAAGAAUAUGCAAGUUUGUAUGUGUUUAGUCAAAACAAGCUAUGGUUGAACAUCCAUGGAAUACAAGUUUUGAAAAUAAGGUUGAAUACAUUUUCUCCAGUGGACAAACAUCAAGACAUACUGACUAUGUAUCUUUACUCAGUUCUUUUUUUUUAAACACCAAAAACUUAUUCAUAGCUGGCAAAAUCCAGGAUGUUGUAGGAAAGGGUACUGGCAAUGCAGUAGAUGGCACUGUUCCCUCAUGUCUGAAUCAGUGUCCCAGCAUGAUGAUUGAAGGCACUGUGUGUUGCUGGAGCUUAUACACAAGUAACUUUAAAUUGAGGUCUCAAUCAUUCAGGAUGGCAUGGUAUUUUUGCAUGAUCUGGUCAAAGUGAGUCAGUAACUUCCCCAUGCCUGCCUAAAAUUCGUCUGAAGUUUCAAAUGGUCACAGUAUUUUUCACUUUCUGCUCCAUUUCAGAAGUAUUGCUAUGCACCCAGUUCUGCAUCCAAAUGGCUUCAUUUCAGAGGUUGGCAAGAUUCCUGGAUUUGUGGUAUAACAAAUUUUGUGCUUUGGGAUGUUUGGAUGAAGAGUUUUGUGUGAUGUCAGUUAUCAUCCUUGCAGUUUAAGGAAUAUUGUGCUAAAUGCACAUUCCCAGAUUGUUUCUUUCAAAUGAUGUUUAUUAAAAGUAGUUUCAUUUUAACUAUGGUGCUCAGUAAAUGAUCCAUGUUCAGCUGUAUCAUUCUGCUAAUCUAUUAAAUUUAAUAGCAAAAAUGAUUUAAUCUCAUUACUUUUUUCCUAGAUACCCUAGAAGAAAUGCCUUUAUAAAGCUACAAAUCCAUUUCUUUGAUUGGACAGAAAUAAUUUCAGAAGUGACCCAUAAUUCCCACAAGUAAUACGUGAAGGUGUGAGGCAUUCUCCAAAACAUAAAAUUUUUCCCAAAAUGGGAGAUCUCUCUCUUCUCCAACAGCUGCAUAGGGAUGUGGUGGUAGGCACUCCUUUAACAAAGAACAGCCAGGAUUAUGCGUCUUUCCUCAAUCCGCAUGAUUCACCACAAGCUUCAGCAGCAAGAGUUGAUGAGUCACAUAAUCAAAUAUACCUAGAAUCUCCUAACUGGGGCACUUGGAGCAAUCAAGACUCUGCUGUUUCAGAUGCUCUUGCCCUUGUGACAGAUGAUAAAUCUGAUAGCUUUGCAAACACGAGCUCUUCAAUGUUCUGUUCACGGGAAAUGAUACUACUGCAGUUAACAUUGAUCAAGAUGAUGAUUGCUAAAGUACAGUCCCAGGAAACUGAAUUCAGCAUAAAACAGAAGUACCUUGAUAUAAUAACAAUUCUUCUGAAAGAGACAAAAAUUGAUUCAAAAUUAAUUUGUCUAUGCAGUAGUUCUGAUAAACUGUUGUCUCACAUGGCUUCAAAAAGUAUAGCCUCCCUUAUAUACUUCCAACUAAAGAAAGAGAAUACAUUUAAUGUCACCUGGCUCACUUUUUGUUUGAAGACUCUGUCAGAAUUCCCUAAGAGUGAUCAAGUAGCAGAAUGUCUAUGGAUUCUUAGAGCUAUUAUUAGAGACAUUUUGAAAGAUAAAGAUUUGCACAAAGCAGAUAUCCUGAAAAAGGUUUUCACUCCUCUUGAUACUGUAUUUGAAGGAUUUUACAAUUCCAUUUUGUCUCAUCAUUUUAACUGCUGCCAAGAUACUUCACUAUAUUCUAAAGCUGCAAACAACUUGAUCGAAUUCAUAGAUUUUCUUGAAAUUCUUGUGGCCUCAAGAAUUCAAAUAAAGUCACAUUUCAAAUGCCAAAGAAUUUUAUUUUUGAAUACUUCUUGCAUCUUGGACCUCACUUAUUCAUCAGUUGAUUAUUUAAUCAAGAAGAAGUCCAUUAUGCUCCUUAAAAAAUGCAUCCUUUAUAAAGCUGGUGAAGAUUUCAUAAGUGGAUCAUUACCCACUUUAUCCCUACAGGAUCCUUAUUUGGAUAAGGAUAUGUUAGCACUGGCUAAUGUUGUUUUGCAAGCUGUGAAUUUGGGGUGGCUGAAUCAAAUACCUGUUUCUGAAAAAGCCAGCUAUUUUGGAGGAAGUGAAGCUCAACCUGAGGAUGGCAUCCACAGUGGUCCUGACCAAGUUAUCCUCAGAGCCUUAAGUUUGGUUUUACUUAAAGCUUUAGAGAUCAAGGUCCAGAAUGCUUCUAAAGCAGCUGAAAUAAAAGCAGACUUGCAGAGUUUCAUGUCCCAGUUAUUGAUAUUCUUGAAGAAACAUCUGAAGUCUUCUCCACAUUUUCAUCCAAAUGUACAUCCUUGUGAGUGGCUUUCCAUGGUCUUUAUAGAACAAGAUGAUGACAUGCUGGAAGCUGCUAAAUCGUUGUUAACAGUUUAUUUAAAGUUUGAUAGGUUGUGGCAUGAUGCUGCUGGUAACUUAGGCCUUGCAGCAGAAGACGACGAAACCUGGAUCUGCCUGACGCAUGAGAGUGGCUGUAAUCCUCACUGUAUCUUUUUAUUUUUCCUAAAAAGUAUUGCAUUUGAUUCCACAGUUCUUCUUGACUUUUUGAUUUCAUCAGAAACCUGCUUCCUUGAGUAUUUUGUAAGAUAUUUAAAACUUCUUAGAGAAGACUGGCAUCAUUUUGUCAACAUCUCUAACUGUUUUGAUAUUGCGGCUAAAAGAGGUGUGUGUGUUUCUUUUGUCACCUCAUCGCACCAAGAAAAAAAACCCUGUCUGACAGAUUUAAGUUUGAAAAAUGCUUGUUGUGAUCCAGUACAACACACUCUGGUAUCUUUGGCUUCUUCCCAGAAGCCGUCUGUACCCAUGGAACAGCAAGGUGAUGACCAAGUUGUAAAACCCAACAAGUCUAACUCAUUAAUAUGGACUGAUAACACAUCUGCAUUGGAUUGCCUUCAAAGCCUUUUCAAUUAUGACAGUUCAGAAGAUUCUGAAUUGGAAUCAGUGGGAAAGGAGUGUUUGGCAAACAUGAAGCAGAUGCCUUCAAACAAUCAAGGCAGUACAAAGAUAAGGGAAACUGUUUGUAUGGAUGUACAUGACAAACCCCAUACACUUGAAUCUAAAGUGUUGCCCCUGAAACAAAAAAGUUCUAAUCCCUUGUCACUCGGGGUAUGUAAUAUGUCUCCAAAUAACCCUGUGCCUGUAGAAAGAAUGCUUCUCAAAUCAAUGAAAUGUUUGGAAGAACUGCAAAAAGCAAUUUCUAGGUUACGGAGAAGAAACCUUUUCCCAUACAACCCAGCUGCAUUGUUGAAACUGUUGAAUCACAUUGAGACAACCAAUAAAAGCAUGAAUCUACUAUAAGGCAAUGAAGUGCUAUUGUUGACAUUUUGAAGUAAUUUCACACUAGUAUGUGAUGGAAUGUUUCCACAAGAAGAGUGUACAUGCUCAAAGAUACAUGCCUUUUGGACCUAUCAAUAUGUUUAGACCAAGCAGGCUCAACUGGCUGCCAACUGACACUUUGAAAAGACAAAUCUGCAGCGGUGUUUAAGUACUCAACCUGUUGUUUCAUGGUCCCAAACUUAUUUAUGGUACGUAUGACAGAGUGAGGGUGAGUUACUGGGUAUUAGCGAACUUAACAAAUUGAUUAUUCACAUAAAGACAUAAUAAAGUACUUCCCCUUGAAGUGUAAGGUGUAAUUCUUCUUAAUGGCAUUUUAACAUCGUAAGACCCAGCUAGAUUGUUAGUGCAUUACUGAUGCUGAUGCAGUGAUCAUUCCAGACUCAAGUACUUAGAAGCAAAGCUAUGUAAGCUCUUUGGGGCAAGGUUUGUCUGUUCUGUGUUUGUAAUGCCACAGUGCCUGGGAGCCUCAGUCCCGGACCAGGACCUCGUUGCGCUAGGUGCGGUACAAACAAAAAAUUAUAUCCCAUUCCUCCACUUCUGUGAUUUUAAUGCUAAGUUAUAUUUAUUGUUUCAUUUUUUGGCCUUUACUGUAGGGCUGAUCAGCUAGCAGCAUAGCACUUUUAUUGGCCCAAAUUGGAAUUGAUAAUGUCACUGAAAAUUGAGUUUAAAAUUAAUGUCUAAAACGUCAUCAGGUGCAUUCCUUU